AUGAGUCACUUCGGGAUCAAGUACCAGGUCUCCGACAUUGUCAGCAACGACGUGUAUCUGAAAAUCAGCCAAGGAAAGAGGCGAUCUGAUGGCGCUCUGGUAACUUUUAGGGAAUUAGACUACCACAAUCUAAUCAGUGCAAACAUGCCCCUGAACUUUUAUGAGCUCGAGGCUCAUAGCAAGAUAAAUCACUAUGCCAUUUGCCGCAUUGAAGAAAUGCACCACGAUCAGCACAGGUCGCGUCUCUUCCUUGUCACGGAGUUUUGGGACAAUAAAACACUUGCCGAUCUUACCAGCGCUCAUAAGCAGACGGGGGUGCCCGUUCCAGAAGAUCUUGUCUGGCGAAUCUUAGUCCACGCAAACGAGGGCCUCUUUUACUACCACAGUGUGUUCAAAAGCAACGCCCCUGAUGUUCGGCGUAUCUUGCACAGACACAUCACCCCACAAUCCAUCGUUAUGAGGAAUAAUGGAGCCGUUAAGAUCGUCCACCCAGAGAUACCCUAUCUGAUUGCUAUUCGGGAUCACUCCAACAUUUCCCCUGAGGAGAAGAAGUACGUUGCUCCAGAGGUGCUGGGAGGCAGGGGAUUCUCGGACCGUUCUGACAUAUAUGCUCUCGGCUGCAUCAUCUAUCAGUUGUGUACGCUGCGCAACUUUGCCGACGUGUUCAAGAAUGAUAUUUCUUACUACACUAAUCCGCGCACCACGGUCCCCAAUCCAGAACCCAACGGAGGCCGUAUGUAUACUGCCUUACUCCCAAACUAUUCCCAGGAACUGAAUGAAAUUAUCGGGAAUAUGACGGCAUUUGAUGAGACGCGUCGCUUCACCAGUAACGAUGUGCGCAACUUCCCCAAAUCUCGCCACGUUCUAGACCAGGACCUGGGGAGUGGUAUCUACAAGUACGCUAGCACGGAUUACAACCCGGACGUCUAUAAGGAAAUUUUCACACCAGGGCAUACGACCGAUCCCAUGUACAGUAGGAACACCCUUACCAGCACAGGGUAUCUUACCAAUCCGCCAGAGACGUAUGCACCGAGUACAUUUUCGCCAUCAGGAACUCAGCUAACGACUACCUUCCCGCAGAGUACAGAGGUUGUGGAAGGAGAUCCGUCAUUUGCAAGUUCGGGGAAGAAGUCUCGAUCAGCUUCGAAGACGGGCCGUGCAAAAACACCAAAGGAAAAAACUUCCAGGGCGAAAACUCCCAAGGCAAAGACGCCUAAAACGAAGACUCCUAAGACAAAAGGGAAGAGUCUUAGGGACGCCGAAUCGACAGAAUAUUAUGAUCCACCUACAGCAGAUAUGAAUCUUUACCAUAGCCCUACUGCAACAACAGUGAUGCGCUCGACAUACAAUAUCCCCACUGCAGAUAAUUAUCAACCUCUUAUCUACACAGAGAAGCCAUACUAUGAUCCUGGAACAUCAACGUUUAGGGCAAUGCCCAUUUCAGAUCGCGUAUCGGCCAGCCCAGAUAACCGUGGCCGUGGGCCUGCAGGUGUUACAAACAGUUAUGGAGGCACUAGCAAUAGACUAUCGUGGAACGAGCAUGCCGAUUACGACACUCAGUCGGAAGUGCCACGUCUAAGAACACCUGGCCUAACAACCUCGGUUCCAUCUCAGGCUGGGACUCCUCGUGAAGCCAUAGAGGUGUACUCUCAACCUUCCCAGUACUCAACACGCUCUAUGCGUAGUACCACAGAGCGCGAUAACACGGGACAAGCAAAGAAUAGGCGGCACUCUAGUAGCCGCGAUCUCGACUAUGUUAUUCCUGAAUACAUCGACGAGCUCCUACGCGACAUCAUUGCUAGCAAGUUCGGACAAAAAGCAAACGUUGAUAACAUCCUUCAAGAGCUUUAUAAAGUUGUUCCGGGAACACUUUUAACCGAGGGACGCAAGGUCUAUGCUCCAGACGAUAUCGUCCAGAUGCUAAUGCUCAAAGAGGAGCUCGAGCGCAAGGUGGAGCCGUAUCUCAAUCGACUGACGAUUCCGAAUAGCACUACUUCGAAGGGAAGCUACAGUUAUGGAUCCUAUCGCGACGACGACUCUAUAGAUAGAUCACCCCACACUACUUACAGGACAUCAAGCAAUUCCACAACUCAUCUGAGCAUCAACACGAUGAACCCCACGGAGACGCGUGGAACCCUCCUCAAGGACAGAACCAUGACCAGCAGACUCCACACCAAGUCAUUCAACGACCACACGCCUGAUACUGUUAACAACCUCCGUGAUUCUCAAGUAUUUUCGGGGGAGGAUACAGUCUCUAACGAUCUGACUCCGCUGAUGCGCGCUGCAAUCCGCAAUGACGUGGACGCUGUUGAGUCUUCCAUUUCCGAAUAUGGCGGAUACAGCAAUCUGACUGGAAACACGGCUCUUAUGAUGGCAGCAUCUAAGAAUAAUUAUAACGUGAUACCGAAGUUAAUUCCUCGCGAAGCAAAGAUUGUGGAUCGUGAUGGCUUGACCGCUCUCAAUUACGCUGCAUACUACGGUCACGUCGAGUCUGUCAAACUGCUUAUGGAUCAUGAGGCAGGCAUUCAAUCAAACUAUGGGCAGACAGCAUUGAUGGCGGCGUGCGACCGCCAGCAUUUGAACAUCGUUAAGCUGCUAAAGCAUCGAGAGGGUGGACUUGUCAAUAACGUCGGGGAGACCGCGCUUAUGAGGGCCGUAAAGGCAGGAAAUACGUUCAUCGUGCAGGAGCUUUUGGAUACGGAGGCCGGUAUCAGAAACCAGGACGGAGAAACAGCUCUUAUGCUCGCCGCUCACGCCGGCAACAUGAGUCUUUGCAGAGCGUUACUUGCGAAAGAAAUAGGUCUCCAGUCUAAGUACGGGCAAACGGCUCUCAUGGUGGCAGCACAACGCAAUAACAUGCAGCUUUGCGAGCUCCUUAUUGGCCGUGAGGUCAAUCUUAAGGAUAAUUCGGAAGAAACUGCCUUGAUGAAGGCGGCCAGGGUUGGUGCCACUGAUGCCGUCCGUUUUCUGAUGAACUUUGAGGCAGGGAUGAAGGGCAGGGACGGUAUAACAGCCCUGAUGAUAGCUGCUGAAGAGGGACAUAAGGACAUCGUCCAGCUGCUAAUCCCUCGCGAGAAGAUGAUGGUGAUGCGCGACGGUUCCUCUGCUCUGAUGCUCGCAGUGUGUACGCGCCACCUGGAGGUGGUCAAGCUCCUGGCGCCCGUGGAGUCGAAGAUGCAGAAGGCAACAGGGGAGACGGCUAUGAUAAUUGCAAUCCGUAACAAGCGCCCCGAGUGUGCCCGCCUGCUUCUGGAGUACGAGGGCAGCAUGAAGCACAAUGGAAUGAAUGUUCUUCAGAUCGCAGACGCAGAGGGCGAGUACGCGCUCGUCGAGGAUCUGCGAGGCCUGGUGUGA